UGAAACUACGGACGGAGCAGAGAGAAUUUGGACCGCGAAGAGAACAAGACUCAACGUUGAACUGAUUUGAUAAGUGUCAGAUACUAAAUUAGUGGGUAGCAUUAGCUAGUUUUUCAAUCCUUUGAUAAGUAAACGCUAGUCUUGGACAUUCACAUUGUUCGCAUUCAUUGAUGAACACAAGACUUGACUUCACCCCCUCUCUUAUGAAUAUUGAAUUCGCGGUAUGAAUUGUUUGCAUCUGAUAGUUUGAUGGGGCUUUUAAGGAUUAUGAUGCCGCCCAAGUUACAGCUUUUGUCUAUUUUGGCUUUUGGAGUGUCGAUGCUCUUCAUUGAAAACCAAAUCCAGAAACUGGAGGAGUCGCGGGCAAAACUGGAACGUACCAUCGCCAGACACGAGGUGAGGGAGGUAGAGCAGCGCCACACCCAAGAUGGCGUACGGGACACGCCGCCGCUGGCUGAGGCAGAGGACGUGGUUAUCAUAUAUAAUAGAGUGCCCAAGACGGCGAGCACGUCGUUCACCAACAUCGCCUACGACCUUUGUGGAAAGAACCACUUCCACGUUUUGCACAUCAACACCACCAAGAACAAUCCUGUCAUGUCCUUACAAGACCAGGUGCGCUUUGUCCGUAACGUGACGUCUUGGAGAGAGAUGAAGCCCGGGUUCUACCACGGACAUGUGGCUUUCCUGGACUUCUCCAAGUAUGGGGUGAGAGGUAAACCCGUUUACAUCAACGUGGUCCGGGACCCGAUCCAACGCCUCGUAUCAUACUACUACUUCCUGAGGUUUGGAGAUGACUACAGGCCCGGCCUUCGACGGAGAAAACAAGGCGACAAAAAGACCUUUGAUGAGUGUGUGUCAGCAGGUGGUUCUGACUGUGCCUCUGAGAAGCUUUGGCUCCAGAUUCCAUUCUUCUGCGGACACUACUCAGAGUGCUGGAACGUGGGCAGCAGGUGGGCGCUGGAUCAGGCCAAGUAUAACCUGCUGAAUGAAUAUCUACUAGUAGGGGUGACAGAGGAGCUGGAGGACUUUAUCAUGAUGCUGGAGGCAGCCCUGCCACGCUUCUUCAAGGGUGCCACUGGCCUCUACAAAACAGGUAAGAAGUCCCACCUGCGUAAGACCACAGAGAAGAAGCCACCCACCAAGGAGUCCAUAGCCAAGCUGCAGCAGUCCGACAUAUGGAAGAUGGAGAAUGAGUUCUAUGAGUUUGCCCUGGAGCAGUUCCAGUUUAUCAGAGCCCACGCCGUCCGGGAGAAGGACGGGGAACUCUACCUGCUAGCCCAGAACUUCUUCUACGAGAAAAUCUACCCCAAAGUGAACUAGGGUGGAACUGGGUUAACAUCAGACCAUGGGGGAUGUUGAUGAGGUCUGGGCUAACAUCAGGCCAUGGGGAUGUUUAUGAGGUCUGGGUUAACAUCAGGCCAUGGGGGAUGUUGAUGAGGUCUGGGUUAACAUCAGGCCACGGGGAUGUUGAUGAGGUCUGGGCUAACAUCAGGCCAAGGGGAUGUUGAUGAGGUCUGGGCUAACAGCAGGCCAGGGGGAUGUUGAUGAGGUCUGGGCUAACAGCAGGCCAAGGGGAUGUUGAUGAGGUCUGGGCUAACAGCAGGCCAGGGGGAUGUUGAUGAGGUCUGGGCUAACAGCAGGCCAGGGGGAUGUUGAUGAGGUCUGGGUUAACAUCAGGCCAGGGAGAUGUUGAUGAGGUCUGGGCUAACAUCAGACCAGGGGGAUGUUGAUGAGGUCAUACACUCUACUCUCUGUGUUAGUUCAGACGGCAGAGCCUGACCCUGUUACACACGUUACAGAAUGCCAUCAUAACUGUGUCUGACGUGUGGAUGGGGACCUACUGUGUAGCUGUACUGUAACGGGUCUGGGGAGAAAGGAGGAUAUUGUGCUGGUUUCAUUGGUUCCUUGUUCUUCACUGUAGUUGUUGACCUACAAGGUAUUUGAACAGGUCUCAAUCCAACAUGGUGUCCUGUUCUUCUCUGUAGCUGGUAACUUCUACAGGUUAUUUAAGCCAGAUCCAACAUGGUGUCCUGUACUUCUCUGUAGCUGGUCACUUCUACAGGUUAUUUAAGCCAGAUCCAACAUGGUGUCCUGUACUUCUCUGUAGCUGGUCACUUCUACAGGUUAUUGAAACCAGAUCCGGCAUGGCGGAUUCAUCAGGGCCCAUAUAUACACGCAGGUCAGAGGUCAAUAAGCCCCCCACCUGCCUUGUGGUCUUCAGGCUCCAACUCAAAAUGGCUGCCCAACCACAACCACAUCGGAAGACGCCCAGCAAAAGCUUUUGUCUAUUUUACGUUUCGUUUUUUUUAUCAAACAACAUAUGAGAAGGUCAAUUAAAAAGAAAACAGAAGUAUGUCAGAAAUUUGGACGUUUGAUCUGUAGUACAUAACUUCAGAUCAAAGUGUCAAAGGACAGUAGGCUGUGAAAGGGAGGUACUGUACUUACAAGGAGGAAAGGGUGGCUUCAGCUCAGUGUGCUGCUGAGUGGCUCCGGCUCGGUGUGCUGCUGAGUGGCUCCGGCUCGGUGUGCUGCUGAGUGGCUCCGGCUCGGUGUGAUGCUGAGUGGCUCCGGCUCGGUGUGCUGCUGAGUGGCUCCGGCUCGGUGUGCUGCUGAGUGGCUCCGGCUCGGUGUGAUGCUGAGUGGCUCCGGCUCGGUGUGCUGCUGAGUGGCUCCGGCUCGGUGUGCUGCUGAGUGGCUCCGGCUCGGUGUGCUGCUGAGUGGCUCCGGCUCGGUGUGCUGCUGAGUGGCUCCGGCUCGGUGUGCUGCUGAGUGGCUCCGGCUCGGUGUGCUGCUGAGUGGCUCCGGCUCGGUGUGCUGCUGAGUGGCUCCGGCUCGGUGUGCUGCUGAGUGGCUCCGGCUCGGUGUGCUGCUGAGUGGCUCCGGCUCGGUGUGCUGCUGAGUGGCUCCGGCUCGGUGUGCUGCUGAGUGGCUCCGGCUCGGUGUGCUGCUGAGUGGCUCCGGCUCGGUGUGCUGCUGAGUGGCUCCGGCUCGGUGUGCUGCUGAGUGGCUCCGGCUCGGUGUGAUGCUGAGUGGCUCCGGCUCGGUGUGCUGCUAGCACUGUGUGUGUUAAGGGCUGUUCAUCUACAUUGUGUGUGUGUGUG